UAAUACGGUGAGUAGGGAUCAAUACGCUGCGUAUUGACAUGCCAGAUGAAAGUCUAUUUAUCCCUCCAUUCAUGUCUGUUACCCAUCAUCCGACAUAUACUUUGCUUUCCUUUUCAUAUACUUUGCUUUCCUUCAUCUUCUUCUUAAGUAAAUUGUUUGUUUUUUGUUCAACCUUGUUAAAAUGUCAUCAUUUUGGAAGGAUAAUUAUUUCGGUAAUCGCUAUUCUAACGACACAUGGGGAUCAAAUGCUGCCAAUGAGGAGGAGGAGGUUGUGUCUGGAGUCCCUGUUGAUCAAGAAACACAGUUGCCAGACUUGAACAAGACUCCCACUCCACCUGUUGAUGAACCAAAUUACCCGGUGCAUCAAGUGUGUCCAGAUUACGGAUACGGGUAUGAAUCUCCGUACGUGCAACAAAGUGGAUACGGUGCUGAGAAUGCACCUGUUGAUGAACCAAAUUAUCCGGUGCAUCAAGUGUGUCCAGAUUACGGAUACGGGUAUGAAUCUCCGUACGUGCAACAAAGUGGAUACGGUGCUGAGAAUGCACCUGUUGAUGAACCAUAUUACCCGUCGCAGCCAUCGUAUCCGGGUUAUGGGGUAUACGGGGACGAAGGUGGAUACGGAAGUUACAGUGGAUACGGUGGUGAUGGUGGAUACGGGGGUGAAGGUGGUUACAGUGGAUAUGGGGGCUACAGUGUAUACGACAGUGUAUAUGAUAGAUAUAGGGAUGAAGUUGGAUAUGGUUAUGAGUCCCGUAACACAUCACUUUAUGAACCAUCUACCCCGAGCAAUCCAUUUCAAGUAAAUGAGCGUUUCAUGUCUCUAACUGAUUUGAAGAAUUGGGUACAAGAAACGGGAAAGGAUAAUGGUUACGUAAUUGUUACCCGCCGAUCAAAAAAUAUUGGCGGUACUACUGGGAUGGUAUGGCUUGUGUGCGACCGUAGUGGUGAACACCGUAGUAAAGCAACAGUUAGGAAAGCUGGUAGCAAAAAAAUCGGCUGCCCGUUUUCAUUACUCGCCAUCCGGGACGUGACGAACGACACGUGGGAGUUAAAAGUGGACUGUGCGAACCAUAACCACGAACCUACGACGAGUCUGUUGGGCCACGCUUUUGUGCGAAGAUUCACUAAAGCCGAAUACAAGCUAGUGGAGCAGCUAACUGCUCAAAACAUGGAGCCACGUAUCAUAUUUCAAACCCUAAGAAAGCAGUUCCCCGACAGCCUGCACGUUCAGAAAGACGUGCAAAAUGCGGUACAAAAAAUUAGAGCGACAAUAAUGGACGGAAAGAAUCCUAUUCAGGCACUGGAAAGCCUGCUGCAUGACCGCCGAUUCAUUUACGACACCCGACAAGAUCCCAAAACAGAUGUCGUAACAGAGAUUUUCUUUGUUCAUCCUUAUUCAAUCACUAUGUGGCGUGCAUUCCCGCACGUGAUGUUGAUCGACGCGACCUACAAAACAAACCUCUACAACAUGCCAUUUGUCCAGGUUGUGGGUAUGACGUCGACUGGGAAGUCUUUUUGUAUCGCACAUGCCGUUAUUUGUAAGGAACGAAGGGGUAACUACGUGUGGGUGCUUGAGCGGAUCAAGUCAAUAUUGCAUGAAUGUAUGAUGCCGCGUGUGAUAGUCACGGAUAGGGAGCUUGCCCUGAUAAACGCGUGUUCUAAAGUAUUCCCGAACGCAAAAAGGCUUCUAUGCCACUUUCACAUCCAACAAAAUAUAGCUAGAAAGUGCAAGGAAGGGUUCGAUAAAGAAGAUUGGGGGAAAUUUAUGUCGUACUGGCGGACAUUGUGCGAAUCUUCAUCAGAGCCCAUGUACAAGUACAACUUGGAGAAAAUGUAUAACCGACUCGUGGUUGCCAACCGAGAAAGUGUCUAUGAUUACGUCUACGAAAACUGGCUCAAAGACUAUAAAGAAAUGUUCGUUUAUGCGUGGACCGAUAAGUGUCGCAACUUUGGUCAGCGCACCACCAACAGAGUUGAGAGCCAGCACGCAAAUUUAAAAAGAUACAUUACGCGCGGGAGUUCAUUGGAGCGAAUAGCAAGAUGCAUCAUUGAUAUAGUUGAAACUCAGUAUGAUGAAAUACAAAAAAGUUUCACUGAGAGCAUCGAAAAAACGAUGAACCACCAUAGACACCGAAUGUUGGACAACCUACGUGGAAAGGUUUCCCAUGAAGCACUUGAUUUGCUGGAAAAAGAGCUACUGAGGAAGAUGGAUGUGUUGCGGAAACUUAACGCAUCAUGUGGUUGCCAUAUGUGGCUUAGCAAAGGAUUGCCGUGUGCUUGUAGACUGGAAAACUACAACCGUACAGGGCGUAUAAUACAACUCGACGAGAUAGAUGUAUUCUGGCGCAAGCGAAAUAUCUGCCGUUUGCGGCUGCGUUUGCAGCCGUAUUUGCACAAGAUGAUUUCCACUUCGAUCACUGCUCGAAACAAAAGCCGGGAGUGGUGUACGAGUGGUGACUUAUUCUUUUUGUAUUGCCUCUUAUACAAGAGGCCGUGCGCUCUCGCCUACGGGUUGGCGCAGUAUUUCGCCUCCGCGCAUCAUCGACAGGAGCGCGGAAUACUAUUCGGCGGCGCUUACGUGACCAAGAUAGCCCAUUCGUUGGGCUAUCAUCCGGAGAAUGACCGCGGCCGUGUAGGCCCGGCGGCACAGCCAAAGCGGAUGGGGAUGAACACAAUAAACGGGAUGCAUAUUACCAAAGACUUUCCAUGCGGGAAGCGGUUAAAGAAUCUGGACGGCACGCAAUACGAGCUUAAGGACCUGCCAGAAGACUUCCCUCUGAUUUAUCCCCCGCGGGAUCCGGAGCCGCCAGAGCCGCAUCAGCCGGUCGCCGUUUUUCCGCAGCCACCACAGCCGCGUGGACCACCCGGGGCGCCCCAGUUCCCACGCCAUGUUAUGCCCGGUCCUGACCCGUCACAUGAGCGGCUGCUUCGAAACGUGGAGAGAAACAAUUAUUUGUUAGAGUGGGUGGCUGCGGCGCUGCAGCAGCAGCGACAGCAUGACGGGUUACCUCCACUACCCUUCAUUGCGGAUGCGGACUGGGAUCAGCAUCAGCGCUCCGGAACGGAGGAUAAACUGGUUAAGGCUUUACGGUUCUAA